AAAAGAGCUCUGGUCAGCUUCCUCUUCCCCGUCGCGAGCACCGCGCUCAUCCCGUCACAAUGAAGUUCUUCAUUGAUGAUCUCCCCGUGCUCUUCCCUUAUCCUCGCAUCUAUCCCGAACAAUAUGCCUACAUGUGCGAUCUCAAGAAGACCCUCGAUGCCGGGGGUCACUGCGUCUUGGAGAUGCCUUCGGGUACCGGAAAGACUGUCUCGCUGCUGUCGUUGAUCGUAGCAUAUCAGCAGCAUUAUCCCGAGCAUAGGAAGCUCAUCUACUGCUCUCGAACGAUGUCCGAGAUCGAGAAGGCGCUGGCCGAGCUGAAGGCCUUGAUGAGUUUCCGCGCCAAGGAGCUGGGAUACACUGAAGAUUUCCGCGCGCUCGGGCUAACUAGUCGAAAGAAUCUGUGUCUGCAUCCGUCGGUCAAACGAGAAAAGAGUGGUACAGUGGUCGACGCAAGAUGUCGGAGUUUAACUGCGGGAUUCGUGAAGGAAAAGAAGGAGCGGGGCGAAGAUGUUGAGUUGUGCGUUUACCAUGAGAACCUUGACCUUCUCGAACCGCACAACCUCGUACCUCCGGGUGUCUUCACCCUUGAUGGGUUAAGUAGAUAUGGCGAAGAACACAAGCAAUGUCCAUACUUCUCGGCCCGUCGCAUGAUGCCUUUCUGUAACGUCAUUAUCUAUUCCUACCACUACCUCCUCGAUCCGAAGAUCGCCGAAAGAGUGUCGAAAGAGCUAUCCAAGGACUGUAUAGUUGUCUUCGACGAAGCGCAUAACAUCGACAACGUCUGUAUUGAAUCUCUGAGUAUCGACUUGACUGAGGAUUCGUUGCGGAAGGCCACACGCGGUGCGAACAACCUCGAACGCAAAAUCAGCGAGAUGAAGAGCUCGGAUGCUGAGAAGCUCCAAAACGAAUAUACCAAGCUGGUUGAAGGCCUUCGAGAGGCCGAGCAAGCUAGAGAGGAGGAUCAAUUCAUCUCAAAUCCAGUCCUUCCAGAUGACUUGCUCAAGGAAGCUGUACCAGGGAAUAUCCGUCGCGCCGAACACUUCGUCACCUUCCUCAAACGGUUCAUUGAAUACCUGAAGACCCGAAUGAAGGUCACACACACUAUCUCCGAAACACCAUUAUCAUUCUUGACGCACGUCAAGGAUCUCACAUACAUCGAGCGAAAGCCAUUACGAUUCUGCGCUGAGCGUUUGACGUCACUCGUGCGCACACUCGAACUCAUCAACAUAGAGGACUACCAACCGCUGCAAGAGGUUGCAACCUUUGCAACCUUAGUUGCCACAUACGAAAAGGGCUUUUUGUUGAUCUUAGAGCCAUUCGAGUCGGAGGCAGCUACAGUACCCAACCCGGUGCUGCAUUUUACCUGUUUAGAUGCCGCGAUAGCGAUCAAACCUGUCUUCGACCGAUUCAGCUCCGUCAUCAUCACAUCGGGUACCCUGUCACCCCUUGAAAUGUACCCUAAGAUGCUAGGCUUCGAAACCGUCCUCCAAGAAUCAUACAGCAUGACCCUUGCCCGCCGAUCCUUCCUGCCCAUGAUCGUCACGCGCGGAUCCGACCAAGCCCAGAUUUCCUCUUCGUUCCAGAUCCGUAACGACCCCGGCGUCGUGCGCAACUACGGCAACAUGGUCCUGGAGUUCUCCCGCAUCACCCCCGACGGGAUCGUCGUCUUCUUCCCGUCCUACCUCUACAUGGAAUCCAUCAUCAGCAUGUGGCAGGGCAUGGGCAUCCUGGAUUCCAUCUGGAACUACAAGCUGAUCCUCGUCGAGACCCCGGACGCGCAGGAGUCCUCGCUGGCGCUGGAAACCUACCGCACAGCGUGCUGCAACGGCCGCGGGGCGCUCCUCUUCUGCGUCGCGCGCGGCAAGGUCUCCGAGGGCAUCGAUUUCGACCACCACUACGGCCGCGCGGUGAUCAACAUCGGCGUGCCCUUCCAGUACACCGAAUCCCGCAUUCUGAAGGCCCGCCUCGAGUUCCUCCGCGAGAACUACCGCAUCCGCGAGAAUGACUUCCUCUCCUUCGACGCCAUGCGGCACGCCGCCCAGUGCCUGGGCCGCGUGCUCCGCGGCAAGGACGACUACGGGGUCAUGGUCUUGGCGGACCGGCGCUUCCAGAAGAAGCGCAACCAGCUCCCCAAGUGGAUCAGCCAGGCCAUGCUCGAGAGCGAGACCAACCUCAGCACCGACAUGGCCGUGGCUACCGCCAAGAACUUCCUGCGCACCAUGGCCCAGCCGUUCAAGGCGCGCGACCAGGAGGGCAUCUCCACGUGGAGCCUGGCGGACUUGGAGAAGCAUCGCGAGAAGCAGAAGCUCGAGGAAGAGAGGUUGCGGCGGGAAGAAGAGCUCGCCAAUGCACGGGCCCCCAAUGGUGCUGGUGCUUAUUAUGGUGGCGGCGGCGGUGGCGGCGGUGCCGCGGCCCCGCCGGACGAUGAGUUCGACGAUGACAUUGAUGAAGAUCUAAUGAUGUUGGAUGCUCAGUGACCUGCAGGCGCGUCCAUGGGUUUCCUUUUUCCCGCCCACCUUUACAACCUUGACUUGUUUUACCCAUUUUGUUUUUUAUCACGGUCAAGGGGAAAAAAUGCUUGCAUAGAUUGCAUGAUACCACGGAUGGUUCGGUGUUGGAAAGGGUCGAUAAUAUGUACAGUACAUUACAGCGCAGCUACUUACUCGAAAGAAAAAAUCUCAACG